CCUGCGACACAAGAAAGUUUCUUGCGCCGAGCACAAGUUUUGUUUUUGGCGCGGCGUUCUUCGGUGUGCGCACAAUCCCGUCCCUGAGUUCUCCCCUUCGAUUGCUACCGACUGAAAGAUUCGCCCAAAGCAGACAUGGUGCUUGCCCUGAAGAGAGGUUCCUUGCUGUUGGCUGUGCUCUCGCUCAUCGCUGGAGUGUCAUCGGCGUACUUCCCAAAGGAGGAUGAUUAUCGAGAGCCACCACAGCAGCAGCAGCAGCAGCAGCAGGACUUUGCGGGACAGGACCUGACAGGAUUCUUACUUCCUUUUAAAGAGGCUCCUGUUUCACGCUACGACGAAACGCCUCUCAACUUCAUCAAACGAGGAGUGAUGAUGGGAGUUGACCUUCCCGACUUCAUCCUCAAUCGUAACCACGCGGGCAAUAAGCACUUGCAAGCUCUGAGGCAGCGUCUUUUCGAGAGCGGCCGGAGGAGGUGAUUCCCAGGACCACAGGUGUAACUCGAGGAAAGAAACUUCCGCAGUAGAAUACGACCCAUGUAUAGGAUCGACCGGCCAUAGACGAUGUAAACGAAGACACCCACCGAGGACAAUCGAAAGAAACGGGGCCCCGAGUACUGCUAGGAAUUGCUGCGGACAAGUUAAAAAAAACGCCCGCGAUAUAUGAACAGGAAACUUGCUGUUACAGCGUACGCUGCACUGUGUAUUAAAAGAUAAUAAAAGUAUACUUAAAUGCCGUUA